UUUACUAAAAAUAAAAAUGAGGUUAUGUUAUAAGAAAUAGUCAAAAUUAUUUGCAAAAAUAAGUAUGGCAUUGCUGAAUAUUUGCAGGACAUCUUUUAAAAGUUUACCAAAACCGUUCUUUCUCAACAAUUACUCUCAAACAGGGCCACAACCUUUAAAAAACGUAAAGGCCGAGCUUAUAAUCAGCGACAAAUGUAUAGCACGUUUGAACGAUGUUGCGAAAGAUACAAACGAAUUUUUACGAGUAAGUGUUGAAGGUGGAGGCUGCUCGGGUUUUCAAUACAAAUUUGAAUUGGAUUCACAUCUCACCGACGAUGACAGAGUAUUCUCACGUGAUGGAGCUAAAGUUGUAAUUGAUAAAACCUCCUUGGAAUAUGUUAAAGGAGCAACGGUCGAUUAUACGGAAGAAUUAAUUAGGUCCUCAUUUAAAAUUGUUAGUAACCCACUAGCUGAACAAGGUUGCUCGUGCGGUGCUUCAUUUGCAAUUCGCUUAGAUUAAUAGAAUUGAAGUAAAGGUAUUUUAUUUGUAAAAUAACUAGAAAUAUUUCCAUAGAUAAUAUAAAAUUAUAUUGGUAUGUGGAGAAUAAAAUAAUGUUUAUUUUUUUGUGCUUAA